GGAAUCGGGCAGACUUCGUCAAGGUCAAGUCAAGCCUAGUCAAGACAUGCUCUUCUGCUCUUUACAUCCCCGCGUGAUAGCUUGCCGCUGGCAAAUUUCGCCUCAUCGGCGAUCACGUUUAGGCGCAUCAUUCGUUUCAUCAUCCGCUCUUCCUUCAAACCACGGCUACGAAUCGUAGCUCGUGGCUUGGAUUUGUUUCAACUUCUGCGCGAUUGCAUGUUUAUUGUCACUACGGACGACAUAACCUGUACCACUUUGCGACGUUUACUUCGAAUUCAACGUCAACCUUGUAUACGCCGAGACCUCUCGAUGACUAUCGUUAACUCAGCAGCAAAUAAAUUUCGGAAAGAUCAUCAUAGCUGAUACACUGGCCAAAGAAUAUAUAUUAGAACGAAUAUAAGAGAUUGGGCAUUGUCUGUUUGGAGGUAACAUUGGGCUAUACUGUACAGGAUGGACAAAGAAAGCAACAGUGCGAUACCCAGAUUGAGACAGGAUUAUCUGCAUCUCAAGAUGGAUCCAGUACCAUAUAUUCUUGCGGAACCAGUACCUACCAAUCUAUUAGAAUGGCAUUAUGUGGUUAAGGGACCAGAAAGUACUCCAUACGAAGGUGGAUAUUAUCAUGGGAAAAUCCUAUUUCCAGAAGAGUUUCCAUUUAAGCCACCUAGCAUUUAUAUGUCCACACCAAAUGGCCGAUUUUGUGUUAAUGCAAGACUGUGCUUGUCUAUUUCUGAUUAUCAUCCAGAAACAUGGAAUCCAGCAUGGAAUGUAUCUACUAUUCUCACUGGCUUGCUUAGUUUUAUGAUGGAAAAAACUCCUACACUCGGUAGCAUAAAUACAACAGAUAAUGAAAAGAAACAGCUAGCUAUGCAGAGUUUAGAGUACAAUCUUAAGGACAAAUUGUUCUGCGAGCUCUUUCCGGAAACUGUUGAGGCAAUCAAAACUGAAUUGGAACAUCGGAAAGGGAAGAAACUUGAUGAGCCAAGAUGAAGGAGUUGAAUUUUCUACAUCUUGUCAGAUGCCGAUUUUCAUCCUGAUCUGUCCUCUUCUAAAAGAUUACAAACUUGUAAUCUUUUAGAUUACAAGUAUUUUUAUGAUUAUUCAAGUUGUUGAACAUAAUGAAUCAUCACCGCUAUCAGGUGCACAGCAAUUUUUAGACAUCAGCGCUUAAAAAGUACAAAAAGAUUAUAACGUUUGAUAGUUACCUGUAACAAAAACAUAAGUGUAAAAAAUAAGUAGUUGAUCACACAAACAUUUAAUCUUGGACGCUUAUAAUAUCUGUCGCGGAAGAUAUUUUUUACGCCCAAUUUAUCUGACAUACAAUUUUUGAAUUGUAUAUAUAUAUGACACAAGUUUACAGUUUUUGAACAUAAAAGAGUAAUGAAAAUAUCAACGAGAAAACAUAUGCUAAUAGUGAAAGAAUAAUAUUUAUCUAUAACAUUUAUAUUUAAUCAUAAUUGGCAGUUUUUUUAUUUAGUAAUUGGCUAAACGUCAUCAAAAUAUUGAACAAAUCAAUGCAUUCGCGCAAUUUUCAAUGGACGAAAAACACAAUCUUCGUAAAAUUUCUAAGACUUCUCGAACUUUUUAAUUUUAUGAUAGUAAUUGUCUACAUUUAUUUUGUCAAAAAUAUGUAUAAUAAUUAGAUUCUUUUAUUAAUUAAGGAUUUAAAAGAAUGACUAUUUUUAAAAAAUUUCAAAUAUUUAACAAUUUAAUAAUUGGUAAGUCUUUUUCAGUAUAUAUAUAUAUAUAUAUAUAUAUA